AUGCCUUCUUCUGCAACCCAGACUAUCCACCUCACAGUAACCUCUACUGUUCUCUACACUCCAGCCGCCCAUACCCCUAAGGCCUCCUUGUUCCGGACCCCCGUCCCAGAAGUUACAGUCGCUUCUUUCGACCCCUACACUCCACCGGCAGACCCGGUCAUCUCGGUCCUCGCCGAAUCGACUCCCAUCAAGUCGAAUUCUGGCCCAACACCAGCACCCUCGUUCUCUCUAACCAACGCGCCAGCCUCGUCAUCGGCGCUCUCCUCAGCAAUCGCAGGCGUCGUACUCGGCUCUGUUGCUGUCGUCGGCAUCUUCAUUGUGCUCGCGCUCUAUCUCCACCGCCGUCGCAAGGCUUCAACUCACAAGGACACAGAAGCUGCAAAGCUGGAAGACAGGCUGAAUGAGAAGAUAGCACGCGCGCAAUAUUUGGGACAGAAGCGAUGGUCUGCGCAUCAUACCAUGGCGAGAAAAGGGCGGUUUGAGAAAUUGAGGGCAAAGAUGGCUGCGAAGAAGGAUGAGGCUAUUGUUGAGGAGCAUGGCGCGGCUGUUGUGGGCGAGGAAGCGGUGGAGAUGCCGCAAGUGCAGUAUGAUCAGGCGCGUCGACCUUCGGGACUGACGAUGUAUCCCCCGACGCCUAAGUCUGCGAAAUCCAAGGAAGGUGUCGGUGCGGAUGUGGGGCGCGUGCUUUGA